AUGACGACUUGGACAACAUCAACGCCCGCUGCAGAGUCGCUCACGGAGGGCGACAAUAUGAAAAUCUUCAAGUAUCAGCUCGAUGAUCAUGCGGUCCAUGUAGGGACUGUAUACUUCCACCAGGCCAGCCGUUACACUCCCAAGCCUCCCGCUCUCGACGUCGAGGACUUUCAUCUCACUCACCUAAACCACCCCAUGGUCAUCCGUGACACUGAGAACCCCAUCGAGGAAGUCGCUCAGGAUGUUUACGCGCGCUUCCCCUUCUCUGAUGACUGUGAACGGGCUAUUGGAGGGACCGCCACCGAUGCACCUCUCAUCGUCCUCUACACCUCGAUCUCCAAUGUCACUCAUCUUCCCGAGUACCGCGAUGCGUACACCAUCGAAGGAAAGCAGUUCCAAGGCAUGGACAUAUUAGACUGGGAUGUGGUUUCGUUCCUGUCAUCAUACAGAAGGGAUGAGUCCGAGACAGUCCAAGAAGUCUAUCGAACAAUUUACCGAGAGCUCAGGGCCCUCAGGGUUUAUGCAUUCUAG